CCAGAAGGCCAAUUCUGACGGAAAUAGGCAAGUUGACCUGGCUGCAGACAAAACGAGCAUCGGAUCGUCUGCUUCGAAACUGCCAUCGAGGCAUCGAGAUGAAAUGGCUGGUGAAAAUGGAUCUCUUGUCAGCGGCGACAUCUCGUCGUAUAACGCAGCCUUAUACGCAAAUGAGUUAAAGGAGUAUCCCUUUAAACUUGACGCUCUCAGGAAAUGGAUGAUCGCAUUUGUUGUUUGCGAUUUUAACGUCGAUAUAGGGGUCGAAGUGGAAUACAUGUUCCCGUCGACAAACUUUUCGCCGGCAGACCUACAAACCAUAUGCUUUAGCAGCUUUCCCGAGCGAACGAAUUCUGAUACGACCGAGGACUCAGCCUUCCAUUUCAGGUUCCGUCAUUCGUCCCCCGAUGUAUUGUGCCAAACUACAAACGAUGAUCCUGCCUACUGGUACGGCUUCUGCCUUUUCCGCCAGCAGCGAGACACCACUGUCAAGAGAAAUUACCGUCAAAAAUCCCUUGUGCUAGUUUCUCAACAUGACUAUGCCCCAUUGUUUGCGUACUUGAUUAAAACUAUAUCAUUACUGGACUUUGAAGUUAGCCCGACUCUCAUUGAGUCCGCAUGCUCGAAUAUUGCAGCUUGGGAACCGCCUGAGGUUGGAUUGCAGGAAUUACCUUUCUUGGGAUCCCUGUUAGACGUUCAUAUGUAUAUCCUUCCACCCUAUCGCAAUGUGAUUCAUGUCAUGGCGAGAUUUCUCCGGGAAUUAGGCAGACUCGAUCAUGCGUCACCUGUUGCCGGAGUUCUCAAUGCCGUGAGUGAUGUUGCCGAUCUUCUGGAUUCUGGAACAUUAUCAAGACUCAUGACUGCAUCCCCCUCGAGGACCGAUAUCAGGGUCGAGUACAAAGAAAUACAUACUUCCGAGCCUAUAGGCUCAUGGACUAGACUUGCAAAUUUACUCAAUUCCGUUUCUGAGUUGUACAUCAUUUUCGAGAGAGUAUUAUUAUCCGAUCCCAUGGUAGUUUUGGCGGACGAUCCAACAACGUGUAGUGAAUUUGUCUCCGCCGCGGUUGACCUUAUUCGUCCUAUACCAUUUGGGGGGGAUUGUAGGCCUUAUCUUACUAUGCAAUCAGACUUUUUCUUGAAUGCACAUGAGGGGAUUCCCCUUCGCCACUACUUGAUAGGCAUGAAAUAUCGGACCCCUGGAUAUCCUGGGCUAGAGCUAAUGGUUUCUCCUCUAGGCAUUACAAACCCAUUCUUUCUUAAGAGGUUGUUAUCCAACGGGAAAGAAAACAAAACCCCAUAUGUAGUCUAUCUGGCAGGCCCGGAAGUCAAGCGGAAACACCACCUACACUUCUACUCUUCUACCACUGAACGUGAUCACCCAAAUAAUAUGAUCGCCAAUGAUGCCAAAGCAUUCAUAGAAAAAGAUCAUGAAUUCCUGAGAAUGCUUGAGAAUCAGCUCAAAGACCCCAGGACAACUCCUCUUGAAUGCGGAAAAUUUAUCAGGCGGCAUUUCGCCCACUUGGCAGCAAUGUUUCUGGCACCUUUGAACAGAUACUUGGCGAUCCUUGCUUCGACAUCGUCAGACUCGGAUAUAAUAGACAUAGCCGGCUUCUCGGAGGACGACUUCCUCGCCAGCCUCUCAAAGCACGGAUGCUCGGUGCAAUUCAAAGGCAAGACCGGGUACCACCGUCACAGGGCCGCAGAGGCUUUUUAUCGCAAGUUUUGUCGGAGUCCGGGCUUCUUCAGGUGGCUUGAGAUGAAGAUGAGAUUACAGCAGGCACCUUUGGAGGUUAUCGGGACACACUCAGUGAACGGAUAUGGAGAGAAGGCCGAGCAAGAUUAGUGGGAUCUACAGAGGGCAGAGGAUUAAGCUUGGGUUCGAGGCUCAAAAAUUUCUUCUUACCCCGUUUCGUGACCAAUGUUACAAAAGCCUCUGGUGGGGUCUCAAGUGAUCCAGGCGCUGUUACCUUAACGCUGCCAAAAGGGAAAUGGCAGGUAUAUAACAUAUAACAUCUGUAUUUUAAUGAUGGGAGUUUUUUUGUGGACCGA